AUGUGGUUUUACCGUCCAAUUCUGCUCUGUGAGGUUACAGGCACUGCUGAAACCCAGAUACUUACGUCUACCCAGGAGAAUAAGCCCUGCCUAUCCUACAAACCCAAAUCUAGCACGCGCCGUGUUGAUCGCUGGUUGGACUUUGUGGUGCAAAUCGCCGGAUCCGCCCCAGUUUUGCUCUUCAUACUCUGUGGCUUGUUUGUCUGGGCGUUCAUCGGUAUUCACUACAGCAAGACAGAUGAAUGGGUUGCCAUAAUCUCCGAUGUGCAGGCUAUACUCUGCUAUGUGUUUGAUUCCUUGUUGAUGCGCCAAAUUCUCCGGGAGCACUCUGAUUCUACAACCAUCAUGGCCGAAAUCAAGUCUCGGUCAAGCAGCAACAGUCGAAUGUUUGCGGAGCUGAAGAAAAGGCUGGGACAAGAUACCACUACUCGUAUCGUCAACAUGUGCAAAGACGAACCUCUACAACCGCUUGAUCCCUCUUUAAAAGCCCACAGCUUUUUUGCUCGAUGCAUGAUAUUCUCGGCGAAAGUAUUUGGUCACAUCAACACGGUCGCUCUCUACUGGGUAGCCAUUGCCAUUUGGUUGGGAUUUGGUCACAGCUGUGGGUGGACAAACCGAUGGCAAUUGUAUAUUAACGAUUCUACAUCUGCUCUCAUGGUUUUUGUUUUCGCUUUGCUCACCUGCCUGCGUGAGUGCUAUUCUAAGUGCACCAUGACCUGUGUCGAUGCCAUCUUCCGAACUGAUGCAACUAUUGAGCUCAAGCUCCGAGAGCUGAACCAAGAUCAACUUCCAAAUCUCCCCGAGAUUGUUUCGCCACGCAAAGAGGGUUGCUUCCAGACGGCCAUCUACUACUACGCCGAUCUCAUCGGAACACUUGUGGGCAUCGUCAUCCUGGUACUGGUAAUCAUCGCCUGGGUCGCUGCGGGUCCUAUCUUCAAACACGACCGGACAUGGUGGCUUUUCAUCGGCACAUAUGCUGGGCUCGUUGGUCUGUUUGAUAGCUUUGUGUUGCGCAACAUCCAAGCCAAAGUGCACGACUCCAUCAGCGAUCAAACUCAACUUGUGAGAGCUUGUGAUGAACAAAUCUUUGCCGACCUCUCUAUGCCCCUUCCACCUCUCAGUACUCACAGUCACCACUCUCUGACCCAUCGCUUGUCACGGUCCAUGGACAAGAUCAGCUCCCAUCUGUUGAUGGUGGUGGCUGGACUCAUUCUUACGAUUGGCUGCAUCAUGGCAUCAAGCAUGAUGCACUGGAGUGUGACGGGGCAAUUGAUAUCAAAUGUCCCGCCCAGCAUCAUUGAGACCUUCUUCAUGAUCAUUCUGAUCACAGGUCAAAACGAUGCAGAUGCGAAAGCUCGCAUCGAAUUGACGAACAUUUACCACCGACGGCAGCGUCUCCUGUCGUUUGUGGUAAAUGCUCGGGGGCAGGUCGGGCCUGCGUAG